ACGGCUUCCGGGCACAAUCCUAGUUCCGUACACGUUCUCCGCUUUCUCCAGCAUUUCCUCUGUGCGCCGCAAGAACCACCGGUACGUACUGUCUCAAUUUUACCAGACUUCCUGCAAUUAACGCUAUAUGCUCAUCCUUGGUACAAAGAAACCGCAGUCUGAUCAAAAUUACAUAAUUUCUACGAUGUGAGAUUAGAAAGUAACGCAGCUACUUAACGCAAAGCAAUUUUUAUUCGGUGCGCUCGAGUGGUGGAGAAAGUAAAUGUUUUAAACAAUGUUGCCGGAGUCCCGAUGCAGAGUGAGUGCGCCGUCGGUGGUACUUGGUCAAAACACGCUCGAGUGCGUUAUAUAAUAACACUUCGGGAGGCUCACGUGUUAGAAGAAGUGCAGUUAAGUGUCGUACGUGAAGUGGAGAGGUGUAUCGAGUGCUGGCGAAGAGAAUAUACAUAUCGUGUUCAUUAGCGGCCACUAAACCUCGGAUCCAUGCCUUUCAAAGUACCCAGCCGCCGAAAGAACGACCCCAGUUAGUACCAGGAAGAUGGUACUGAGAUGCCUUCGCGCGCUCGCUGUGGUACUGCUGACGCUGCGAGUGGUCAACUCCGGGAUUCUGGAUUGGGCUAAAUCGGAUAAUAUCGACGUAAACUUACCUUGGCUACCUUUUGAAAACGAAACAAGGUGCUACGACGAUUUGGGUUGCUUGAAUAUUACGAGGAGUUGGUACCAUUUGAUUCUGAGGCCUAUAAAUCUGUUCCCUCUGCCCAGGCGUGUGAUCAACACGAGGUUCUUGCUGUACACGCGGUCGAAUCCAAAAGAGGGAACAUACCUGAAAGCAGAUGACGAAAACACAAUCGAAGAAUCGCACUUCGACCCAAACAAAAGUACAAAAUUUAUAGUUCAUGGCUUCAUCGAUACGCCCUUGUCGAAUUGGGUAAUAGAUAUGAAAGAUGAGCUGAUCAAAGCCGAUGAUAUGAACGUGAUCGUGGUGGACUGGGCGGGAGGAAGUCUGCCUUUGUAUACACAAGCUACGGCAAACACGAGAUUGGUAGGAAUGGAGAUUGCACAUUUAAUAAAAUUCCUAAUGAAAAAAUAUGACGUGGAUACCGGCGAUAUUCACAUAAUUGGCCAUUCCCUAGGAGCACAUACAGCGGGGUAUGCUGGUUCACUUAUUUCCAAAAUAGGAAGAAUCACUGGAUUAGAUCCAGCCGAACCAUUUUUCCAGGGAAUGCCUGCACACGUAAGACUGGAUCCCACAGACGCAGAAUUCGUUGACGUCAUUCACACAGACGGGAAAGGCAUCAUCUUUCUCGGGUACGGAAUGUCGCAACCCUGCGGUCACUUAGACUUUUAUCCCAACAAUGGGAAGGAACAACCCGGAUGUGAUAUAACCCAAACGCCUCUGGUGCCGCUUACCCUAAUAAGGGACGGAUUGGAGGAAGCGUCCAGAGUUCUGGUCGCAUGUAACCAUGUGAGAGCCAUAAAAUUAUUUAUAGACAGCAUAAACACCCAGUGCCCCUACAUAGGGCACCAAUGUUCUACUUUCGAGCAGUUCAUGUCUGGUAAAUGUUUCACUUGUAAACCAGGCUCUACAAACUGUGCGAUUAUGGGCUAUCAUGCCGAUGCUAGUCCUGGUAUAGAAAACAAUGAAAUUGCAGAAUCGAAAUUCACGGAUUUAAUAGGAAACAAAUAUUUUCUGACUACGGGUCGGGAGUUUCCUUUUUGUCGAAGACUGUACCGAGUGAGAAUAGAGUUAGCCAAACCCAGAAUGGCAGAGUCCUGGGUUCAAGGUUUCAUCAAAGCCUCCAUAUAUAGUUCCGCUGGUGUGAUCCACGUCGAUCUGACACCAUCUGGAGAAACCAAAUUAGAGCACGGAACGACAUUCACUAGUGUGGUGUCACAUCCCGCUGAUUUAGGUGGAAACAUAAAAAAAGUUGAACUCAGCUGGGAAUAUGAACUCAAUGUUCUUGAACCAAAAACGAUAUGUAUCUUUUGGUGCAAUGACCACCUUUAUGUUGAAAGUAUAUCUGUAGACGAAAUGGCAAUGCCUGGAAGAGGAAAAAGGGACGCACCAUUUUCAAACAGAUUGUGUCCCAAAGGCAAGAAAACCUACUCUGAUAUAGCGAGCAGAGGCAAAGGUGUGUUCGUCGAUUUGUGUAAACAAUCGGAUAAGUUCGAUAAAAGCUGAUAAUGCUCCAGUGAUUUAACAAUGUACAUAAAUAAUUUUAUUAAAACGUUGAUUAGAAAACAAA